GCAGGUCUGUGGCGCGGUUUGCGCACUCGGGAAGUAGAGCUCAGUGGAAUCAUGUCUCGUAACGCAUGGACUAACAUUGAUAACCGCGAGAGCAGGUCGCACCCCCCAUCCCGCUGGUCUCAGGGAAGGAAACGCCAUUGCAAUGGGAAGUUCAGGCGUUUUGACGAUACAGAUUCUACUGUGUUUGAUGAAGACAAACCGCAAAUAGAAAAUAAUAGACGAGAUGAAAGUUUUACCACACCAGAAAGUCACAAGCCAGUGCCAAGAUGUAAAGAUUGGGGUUCUGUAGUGGAAGAGGAAGAGUCUCUGAAAGAAACAAUUGAAAAAGAUAUGGCAAAGUACAAGAGAAGGCUUCUGAUUAGCGACUUUGCAACAAGGGAAAGAAGAUUGUCUUCUGAAAGUUCUGAUUCAAAGGAUUCAUCCACUCCUGGAGAACUGGAAACUGAUGCUUCUAUUCUAGCAAGAAGACAGAAGCAGAUCAACUAUGGAAAGAACACACUAGCUUACGACAGAUAUUUAAAAGACGUGCCAAGGCAUGUACGACAACCAGGUGUUCACCCAAGAACACCCAAUAAGUUUAAAAAGUACAGUCGCCGAUCUUGGGACCAGCAAAUUAAACUGUGGAAGAUUGCUCUUCAUGCAUGGGAUCCACCUACAGAGGAAGGCAGCGAACUACAGCCAUUCAAUGAAGACAUGAUAACUUGUUGUUCAGAUACUGGAUCAGACGAGAGCCUUUUUACAGGAACACCAACCAAAGUCAGGAAAGUUGAAACAGUGGAAGAUGACUUUGAUCUGGAUGUAUGCUUGAACGAAACAAAUGAUGCUGAACUUUUAAGCUAACAUUAUGUAAUUUUUAAAUUUAUUUACUGAACUCAUACUACUUAUCAGAAUUUCUGCAUGUAAUUUUCUUAUAUUAUCUGUACAGAAUGUCCAUUACACAUAUUAGAGGCCAGUAUUUACCUGCCAUGCCUAAUCUUUGUCUCACCGCUGUGAUCAUGGUCGUCAAUAUACCCCGUAUCAGCUGGCGUGCUUGGGCAUUGCUGGCCUGUACAAUAUUGGUGCUGGUAACUAAUAGGCAGCUACGUUAAGUAAGCACUUCGUCUUGGAGCAGCAGAGCUGUAUCUAACUAAAGCUAAGGGAUAUUAGAACACAUGCAUUGCAUGAGAUGGUACAUCAGGAUUUCUGCAGCAUGUGUUCAGAAACCCGGUUCUGCUUACAUGCUAUCUGGGUGAGUGUAAGAUGUAGAGUCCUCUUAUAGUUCCCACUUUAAUUUUUCAGAAUAAUUAAACUCCUGUUAAUGGCCUUCUUAAAGGGUUACUCCAAGCAUUAUUAGCACUACAGCAAAAGGCACUUAAGUAGCCAGAUGGUGUUUGUUCUGGUCAAUCAUUGACUGAGGGUGUCAGUUAUCAAAGGAUGGAGUGCCUGAGCAAGGAAUAUUUAUAGAAUGGAAAUUGGCUAAUAACACUGCUGCUGUGGAGUUGCACUUCUAGCUGCAAUUUAAAGUGCCUAUGUAUAUGCUGCAUUGCACAUACAGGGUCCUCCUACCACGAUUCUUCAGAACAUUGAAG